AGCUCGGCGCGCCGGGGUAUGGUGCCUCCGGGCUGACUGCCGGGACCGGCGAGGCAGAGGCGGGGGCCGAGCGAGGAGCCAUGGAGGGGCCAGGCCAGGAGGCCUUCGAGGACGUGAUGAGGAGACAGCUGGACCCCGAGGCCUACGGAGACCCCGGCAUACGCGGCUGGCGCGGCUUGCUGGGGGAGAGCAGCACUCUGUCGGAGACCGAUGUGGACCUGGAGGUGGCGGGGAGCAGGAGGCCCGCGUCCCGGCGGGACACCCAUGAGGGCUACGUGGAGCUCCACGAGCUGGUCAUGGACAGGAACAAGGAGCCGUGCUGGAUGGAGGCCGGCCACUGGCUCCAGCUGGAGGAGGACUUCCAAGCAGCCGGGCGCUGGGAGCAGCCCCAUCUCCCCUACCUGACCUACCGCAGCCUCCAGGACAUCAGCCAGGCUUUCGGCAAAGGCACCGUCCUCCUCGACGUGGAGGAGAAGUCGCUGGCGGGCAUCGCCACUGCGCUCCUCAAGGCGAUGGUCACCAAGGGGCAGGUGAAUUUGCAGGACCGCGACACGCUCCUGAGGACCCUGCUGCUGCAGCACAAGCACCCCAGCAAGGCCGAGUCCGUGCAGACGCUGGAGCCGGCGCGGCUGCAGCGGGAGGCGGCGGGCAGGCCGGAGGCGGCGAAGCCGCUGCUGCAGAAGCACCCGCCCGUGGAGAUGUCCGUGCUGGCGGCGGGCGAGCAGCCCGGCGCCACCGAGCCCCUGCUGCCCAGGAAUGUGCCCCCGGACGCCGAGGCCUCGUUGGUGCUCGUGGGCUGCGCGGCCUUCCUGCAGCAGCCGACGCUGGCCUUCGUGCGCCUGAAGGACGCCGCGAUGCUGGACGACGUCCUGGAGGUGCGGCUGCCCGUGCGCUUCCUCUUCGUGGUGCUGGGCCCCGACUGCCCCCACGUCAGCUACCACGAGAUCGGCCGCGCCGUGGCCACCAUGAUGUCCGACCAGCUGUUUCGCCGGGACGCCUACCUGGCCGAGGACCGCCACGACCUGGCCCGCGGCAUGGAGGCCUUCCUGGAGGCCAGCAUCGUCGUGCCGCCCGUCGAAAUCCAGAGCGAGGAGCUGCUGCAGGGGCUGGUGCCGCUGCAGCGGGAGCUGCUCCGCCGCCGCUACCAGCCCCGCAAGCAGCCGCCCUACAAGGAGUCCCCAAAGGACCCGGGGCACCGGCCCCCCGCGGCGGAGGACGACGACCCCCUGCGCCGGACGGGGCGGCCCUUCGGGGGGCUGGUGCGGGACAUCGCCCGCCGCUACCCCAAAUAUCUCAGCGACAUCAAGGACGCCCUGAACCCGCAGUGCCUGGCCGCCGUCAUCUUCAUCUACUUUGCCGCGCUGUCACCCGCCAUCACCUUCGGAGGCCUGCUGAGUGACAAGACCAAGGGCAUGAUGGGGGUGUCGGAGCUGCUCAUCUCCACGUGCGUGCAGUGCGUCCUCUUCAGCCUGCUCAGCGCCCAGCCCCUGCUCGUCGUCGGCUUCUCGGGGCCCCUGCUCGUCUUCGAGGAGUCCUACUACAACUUCUGCAAGAGCAACGACAUGGAGUACAUCGUGGGCCGCGUCUGGAUCGGCUUCUGGCUCAUCCUGCUCGUGCUGGUGCUGGUGGCCUGCGAGGGCAGCGUCCUGGUGCGCUACCUCUCCCGCUACACCCAGGAGAUCUUCUCCUUCCUCAUCUCCCUCAUCUUCAUCUACGAGACCUUCGACAAGCUCUCCAAGAUCUUCCAGGCCCACCCGCUGCAGAGGAUCUACAACGUGACGCCCACGCUGAGCCCCUCGGUUACCCCCACGGGGGAGCCCAACACGGCGCUGCUCUCCCUCGUGCUCAUGGGCGGCACCUUCUUCCUGGCGCUCUUCCUGCGCAAGUUCAAGAACAGCGCGUUCCUGCCCGGCAUGGUGCGGCGCUUGAUCGGGGACUUUGGGGUGCCCAUUUCCAUCUUCAUCAUGGCGCUGGUUGACUACUUCAUCAGGGACACGUACACGCAGAAACUGGACGUCCCCAAAGGACUCAAGGUCACCAACGAGUCCGCCCGCGGCUGGUACAUCAGCCCCCUGGGCAACCAGAAGAGCUUCCCCAUCUGGAUGAUGUUCGCCUCCAUUAUCCCGGCCCUCUUGGUCUUCAUCCUCAUCUUCCUUGAGACGCAGAUCACAACCCUCAUCGUCAGCAAGCCCGAGCGGAAGCUGGUGAAGGGCUCGGGCUUCCACCUGGACCUGCUGCUCAUCGUGGGCAUGGGCGGCGUGGCGGCGCUCUUCGGCAUGCCCUGGCUCAGCGCCACCACCGUCCGCACCAUCACCCACGCCAACGCCCUCACCGUCAUGAGCAAGGCCUCCUCUCCCGGCGAGAAGUCCCAGAUCCUGGAGGUCAAGGAGCAGCGCAUCAGCGGCUUCCUGGUGGCCGUGCUCGUCGGCAUCUCCAUCCUCAUGGAGCCCAUCCUGAAGUACAUCCCGCUGGCCGUGCUCUUCGGCAUCUUCCUCUACAUGGGCGUCACCUCCCUCUUCGGCAUCCAGCUCUUUGAUCGCAUCCUGCUCAUCCUGAUGCCGCCCAAGUAUCACCCCAAGGAGCCCUACGUCACCAGGGUGCGGACUUGGCGCAUGCACCUCUUCACCUUCACCCAGAUCUUCACCCUCGUGGUGCUGUGGGUGGUGAAGUCCACGGCGGCCUCGCUAGCCUUGCCCUUCGUCCUCAUCCUCACCGUGCCCCUCCGGCGCUGCCUGCUGCCCGUGAUCUUCCAGGAGGCCGAGCUCCAAUGCCUGGACGCCGACGACGCCACCGUCACCUUGGAGGAGGUGGAGGGCAAGGACGUGUACGACGAGGUGCAGAUGCCCAGCUAAGGGCCCCGCCGAGGGCGGGUGAGCCGGGCGGCCGUGCCCCCCCCCCGCCGUGUCCCCCCCUCCGCGUGCCGACCCGCCGCGGGCUUCCCGGGGCCACGGCAGGGGACUCGGUGGCUGGGGGGACGCGGGCUGGGGACCUGGGUCCGCUCCGGCCCCCCGAGAGCACCCGGUUCCCGCCUGCAAAAGGAGUAUAUAUUUUUUUUCUCCCCUUUUUUUCUCUUCUUUUCCCGUUUUCGGUGGCGUGGCCUCCUCCGCCUUCGCUGCGCUUCGGGGAAGCGGCUCAGCCCGGGCUGGGGGUCCCGCGGACCCCGGCUCUGCCCCCUCCCCGGCCAGGACAGCGCGGCCCGUCCCCAGGUCCCCGGCCCGGCCCCUCCGGGGGGAGACCUCCGGGAGGAGGGGGGCAGGGAAGGGGCCGCGGGCACGCUAACGAGGAGGGCUAACGAAGCGGGGGGCUCGCCGAGCCCCGGCCCCCGUUCGCCCCCAGCCCUGCCGCUUUCCCGCGCCGGCCGAGAGGGGAAGCCAGGCAGGCGCAACCCCCCGGCUUCCCCGCUCGGCCCCGCUUCCCCAGACGAACUUUCGGUGCUAACGAGCCCGAAGGGCUCAGCUCGGACGGGACCCUUCUCCCGAGGGGCCCGGAGCCGUUUUUCACCUCUUUCCUCGCUGCUUGCUUGGGACUCAGGGUUACGGACGCUUCGCCGGGGCGCCCGGUGCUGCUGCUUGGAUUGACUUUGCGGGUGCCAAAAAAAACCUCGGGGCCUUUCCCCGCGUUUGCAUUAACUUACCGGUGUCGUCCCCGGGGUAGGGAUGUAAAUAGUCCGACGGGGGGGGGGGCUUAUGUAUUUGCAAUGAAGAAAAUUGUACCUCCCCCCCCAAAAAAGGGUGCUGGUGCUUCUGCAGUGAGGGUUUAUUAAAAAAGCAAAAACAAAACAAAAAGCAGAAAAAAGCAAAAAAAAAGAAAAAGCACCUAAAAACUACCAGCUGCAAGGAGUGAUCUGUAUAUUUGGUGCUCGCGAGUGGGGGAGUUUGUAAUUUAUUUCCAGAGGCUGCGUGUGCUGCUGCGGCGGGAGCUGCCGGGGCUGUGUGUGCGUGUGUAUAUACCGGAGGGAAGCGAGGACGCUUCCCCGGCGUGGCAGCGGCGUUGCCGGACCAAUAUUAGGCUUAAUGAAUUAGUGAUAGUGUCGAUCCUCCUCUUCUUUUUUAGCAUUUCAGUUAAAUCCGUGUAGUCUUUCCCCGCCGCGUUGCGACCGCAGCGGCCGCUUUCGGACCCCUCUUGCCCCGUUUCCACCCGGAUUGCUCCCGAGCCGGCCUGUCCCCAUGUGUCCCCUCCAAGUGCCGCCGGGGCCAGGCUGGAGCGUGAGUGUGAGUGUGAGUGUGAGCGUGAGCGUGAGCCUCCGGCCAGCCCCCGCCUGGGACUUUGCUCCUCUUUGCAACGUCGGAGAGGAAGAUGCCCGAAGCCGGCGGGGGGGAGCGGGGCCGGGGGCAGCCGUCGCUGGGGUCCCCUUGCCGCGUUGCCGAUCGCGUCGCCCAAGCCGCCUCUCCCCAGGAGUGCCGUGUGUUCGGGUUGGCUUAGUUUUAGCAAUUAUGUGUCCAAAAUAAAUAAUCAUGUUGUGUGCUUUGAUUUUUUCCCCCUUCCCUUCCCAGUCCACAUCUGUAUCAGGCUUUAAUAAAGAAAUGAAUUUUAAAAAAAUCCAAAAAGAA